AUGAACGUUACUGUGAACGCGUUCGUUCUGACGUUUGUGAACGGCGCUCUCUCACAGUUUAAUUUCGUUCAAGAGCGGGCCAGAUUUCCAAAGAGCCUUCCAGGCGAAACCUGACGCUAAACACACCGUAAGCAGCCCUAACGUGUAGCGGAAAAACAACCCAACCUGGCAACAGCUGUCACACCUGUCGCACUAAGAAAUACGUCAUCAAAAUACGGAGCGUGGACGAAGGCAGCGCGAGCUCGGACCGCUCAGCCUCCACGGAGUUUGACUAUUUGAAAAAGUAUUGUAAUGGGAAAACAUUUGCAGCUUAAGGACUGCAGUCCUGUUUUUGUUUUUAUAAUAAAGAUAAAGACCGUUGAAGCAGCAAGUUUUCCCUCAUGUUUUAGAGAAUAUACUGUAGGGCUGAAAGCUGCAGCUGCUACUGCUGUGGACUGAAUGGGCCAGUAUUUUGAGGCCUGUCGCCUCAAUGCUAACGUAAACCAUGGUUGGAUAAGGAUUCAAAAUUUGAUGAAUGAAGAUGAAUCUGACACAUUGUUUCAGUGUUAAAACUGAUAAAAUAAUUGCUGUCUGUGGUUCUCUAUGGGCUGUAGCAAUAAUUUUGACAAAUAAUAGCUGGCAGCAGCGUAUUGAAGAAAAAAAAACUAUGAACUGGUUCAUUUUUGGAGCCUUGAACUUAGUUCAAAAUUUUGACUCAUGAACUAUGAGCUAAACUAGUUCAUUUUAAAAUUUGUCAACUGAACUUUGAACUUUUUCCCAACACUGACCACAGCAUACUGGACAAAUUAAAAUCUUGGCCUGGUGAUGAGGAAAAGUGAAGAGUUUACUGAAGUUCUGAGAAUUUAUCUGCAAGGCUACAUGAACAACAUGAAGCCAAAUGACAUUCCCAUCAGCCUCAGCUGCACUUAGUGCCUAGUGCUAAUCAGCAUGCUAACACGCUAAGGUAUCCCCCUCCCCCUCCCCUCACCUCACUGACCCAUGAAAGACGCCAUGCCGGUCCUCACAGCAGGAGCGGGGCUACACGAAACGUUGGCCCUGCUGACCUCUCAGCUGCGUCCCGAUGCCAAUCACAAAGAGGACAUGGUCUUCCUCAAAGAUGUCUUCAGUGAGAGGAGCUUGGAAUACCUCAUGAAGAUUCAUGAGAAGCUGAGACAGUAUGAGAGACAGAGUCCAACGCCCGUCCUCCACAGUGCGUCUUCUCUGGCAGAAGAUGUUGCAGAGGAGCUGCAGAGCGGACCAAUGAGCACCGAGGAGAAGGAGCUGCUGCACCUGCUGACAUCUCCACAUCUCAAGGCCGUCCUCUCGGUGCACGACACUGUGGCUCAGAAAAACUUUGACCCCGUGCUGCCGCCGCUGCCAGACGACUUCGAGGACGAGCUGGAGGAAGAGUCGGUGAAGAUUGUCAGGCUGGUGAAAAACAAGGAGCCUCUGGGAGCCACCAUCAGGCGGGACGACGCCACUGGAGCGGUGAUCGUGGCUCGCAUCAUGAGAGGAGGCGCAGCUGACCGAAGUGGUUUGGUCCAUGUAGGAGAUGAACUCAGGGAGGUCAACGGAGUCUCAGUGAUCCACAAGAGGCCUGAUGAGAUCAGUCAGCUGCUGUCCCAGUCCCAGGGCUCCAUCACUCUAAAGAUAAUCCCUGCCAUUAAAGAAGAGGACCGCCUGAAGGAGAGCAAGGUAUACAUGAGAGCUUUGUUUGACUACAUCCCGCUGGAAGACAAGGCAACGCCGUGCCAAGAGGCUGGACUUCCCUUCAAGCGGGGAGACAUCCUGCAGGUCGUGACGCAGGACGACCCCACGUGGUGGCAGGCCAAACGUGUGGGAGACAGCAACCUGCGGGCCGGACUCGUCCCCUCCAAACAGUUCCAGGAGAGGCGACUGGCCUACAGGAUGAAAAUGGGUACUCUCCCGAAUCCAAAAUCCCCUAAAAAGCCUGUCUAUGACCAAGGAUGUGAUAAAGAGGACUGUGACUGUGAGGGCUAUUUCAAUGGACAGUACAUAGCUGGUUUACGAAGGAGUUUCCGGCUGAGUCGUAAGGACAGACAAGGAUCCUCUGGAGAGGGCUCCGAUCCCGGAGACCCCGAGUUCCUGACUUAUGAAGAGGUGACCCGCUACCAGCAGAGGCCACAUGAGAGACCCCGUCUGGUGGUCCUGAUUGGCUCUCUCGGAGCAAGAAUCAAUGAACUCAAACAGCGGGUGAUUUCUGAAAACCCACAUCGCUUCGCAGUGGCUGUACCGCACACCACCAGGCCCAAGAAGCCUCAUGAGAAGGAGGGUGUGGAGUACCACUUUGUCACCAAACAGCAAUUUGAUGCAGACGCUUUAAACAACAAGUUCAUAGAGCACGGGGAAUACAAGGAGAACCAGUACGGCACAAGUAUAGAGGCUAUCCGCUCUGUACAGGCCAAGAAUAAGAUGUGCAUCGUGGACGUGCAGCCUGAGGCGCUGAAGAGGCUGCGGACAGCGGAGUUCAAGCCCUAUGUAAUAUUUGUCAAGCCUCGUGUACCCGAGAGCAGACGACGCCGCAGCGCUGCCACCUCACCAGGAGGGGGAGAGCACGGACGCAUUACGGAUGAAGACCUCCAGGAGAUGCGUCAGUCUGCCAUUCAGAUUGAUCAGCAGUAUGGACACCUGGUGGACCGAGUUCUGAUCAAGGAGGACUCAGCCAGUGCCUGUGCAGAACUGCGAGGUAUCCUGGAAAGGCUUGAGCGAGAGUCCUUCUGGGUACCUGUCAGCUGGGUGCGGACCUAAAC